GUAAGUAUCGUGCCAAACUGCCCAUUUCGUCGGUGGAGUCAAUCAAAACUCUGAGCAGUGAGAGCUAAACCCCAUCCAUGCACUGAUCGAGCUUCUAGGACCAGAUGCUCGCGUCGCGCACAUGUGGCACCUUCACAGGACCCGGAGCGAAACCAAGGCACUUAGGAAAAUGUUGCAAGCCUCAGGAGGGAUCGUAUGAUGGUCGUACGUUUGUGAAGUUAUUUCUCAGUAUUCGUGACACGAACUUUUGUUCCGGCGUCUUUGCACGAAGCUUCAUGGUUCACUGACAUGCAUCUAGGGAGAUGGUGACUCAUGAGCAAGUACCCCUAUAGAUCAAAGACGUUAGAUAGCGAAUCCUUUCCUCCUCCUGAAGAACGCAACUUGGAAGCAUUGCGAGUAGCAACGAUCGAGGGGAUCGACGAUCGAUCACGGGCCUGGAGAAACGAGUGCCUUACAUGGAAGGCGAAGACGGGAGGGAGAAGUAAAACAACAGUAUGUGGGCUAGCUUGAGGUUACGGUGAUGAACGUAUCACUGCGUAACACUUCAAUGAGAAAUUCUUUCGAGAUGUCGAGCUUUUGAAUGCUGGAAGUCCAGUGGGCGAGCACACUGAAUCGCAGAGGCUGCACUCACCAAACCCGUCGACUGGCGAUCGACAUGGCAGCAGUGUGUGAUCGAGUGAGCAUGUGAGAUUCCUUCGUGCUUGUGUAGUCUCCGACACUCGUGAUAGUCACGUGUGAUCGAGGAUAAAGAAGUGGUCGACCGACCGACCGACCGACCGAUUGAUUUGAUGCGAUGCUCAGCAAGUUUAGCUUAUAUCGUCUCCUUCUGCCGACUUUGGCGGCAGUGAUUCUGGUGUCGAGAUUCGAAGAGCGAGUGGUUUGCAGCUUCGAUGCAAAUGGAGCAGACGAGACUAGCAGCAGCAGCAGAAGCAUUUCUAGUCCCGUUCCGAUUGUUGCUGACGGCGAAUGCGGUGGCGGGGAAGCGGUGCAUACGCAAUGGGAAGAAGCAGCACCAGCAACAGCAGAUGUCAAAUUCACCAGCGUGCUCGACGGCACGUUGGGGCCCAGCGAUGCUGUCAUGACCUUGCUCGUCAAUGGGCUCGUCUACAAUCCAAUGCCCGUGGGCAAGAGUCACAUUCUGAUGGCCGGAACGUCCGUCGUGGCUAUUCUGCAAGACCAGCAGGGCUUCUCCUGGUCCAAUCUCGAGGGCCUGCCCGGCCUCAGCAUCAUCGAUGUCAAUGGAUCUGUGGUGGUUCCGGGUUUCAUCGAUAUGCAUGUCCACGUGAUCGGAGGCGGUGGAGAGCUGGGCCCUGCCAGUAGGACACCCGAAGCAGGACUCUCGCAGCUGGUCAAUGCUGGUCUCACCACCGUCGUUGGAAUUCUGGGCACAGAUUGUGUUUCUCGCAGCCUGGAGAAUCUGCGCGUAAAGGCAGUUGCGCUCAAAGACGAUGGACUGACAGCUUAUAUGUGGAGUGGAUGCUACCGAGUGCCAUCACCAACAAUUACAGGCUCUCUCAUCCGUGACAUGGUGCUCAUAGAUGAAGUUGUAGGUGCUGGUGAAAUAGCAAUAAGCGACCAUCGAGGUAGCUGGCCCAGCACUGAUGAUCUAUUGAAAAUGGUGUCGGAUGCUCGGGUGGGAGGAAUGCUUACGGGAAAAGCGGGUUUGGUACACGCACACAUGGGCCAAGGGCCGACAAUGCUGGAUCCCUUGUGGGAUGUAAUCAACAUCAGCAAGGGAGCCAUUCCCAUUACACAAUUUGUUCCCACCCACAUUUCGAGCAGAGGUCCUGGUCUGAAAGAGGCUGCAGAAAGAUGGGUUGCAGAGGGUGGACGUGCCGAUCUCACUUCUGACCAAAAGGGAGAGUCUGCAGCCUUCGAUACAUUGGUAGACUGGGGCAAAAGGCCCGACUUUGCUCUGGACAGGAUCUCCAUCUCUUCAGAUGGCUUUGGAUCUCUUCCGCUUUAUGACACCAGCGGCAAGCUGCUCGAGUACGGCGUUGCUUCGCCCGACUCGAACUUGAAUACCAUUAGAAGGCUAGUUCUCGAAGCAGGCUGGCCUCUUGAACGGGCGCUUCAGUUCAGCACCGUCAAUCCCGCAACCUUCUUGAGCCUCCCACGAAAAGGCAGAUUAGAAGUAGGAGUGGACGCCGAUCUACUGGUGAUCGAUGCUGAACAGCUCGACCUUCAAUUUGUCUUUGCUAAAGGGCAAAUGAUGAAAUCACCUUCUUGGACCAAACGAGGUUGGUUUGAGAAGUAGUCACUCAAUGCUCAUUACUGGGAAGCAGACGAUCAGAAGGCCAGAAUUUGCACCAGCGUUCAUCCAUUCUUCUCCUCCUCAUACGAGUGCUCCCAAGAUUUACGUGCUCCACGUCGGGGAAUUAUAUUUUGAAGUCAGCUUGGAAGUCUGCUUUUGAAGGUUCCUGAGCCUCUUCUGAAGGGGCUGGAACCCAUCUGUGUUCUCAUCUGACAACGUCUGCAAUUCUAGAACCAACACCUCAAAAGUGCUUGGAAUUUUCUGAGGCUCCAGGCUUUAGGCUUUAGGCUAUGUUAUGAGUAGUGCAUUAUAUGAAGAGCAAGUGUAUAUAUCGGCCAUGCAGGUUGUACGUUUUGACUCUGACCCUGUACCUUAGUGCAGAGGAGAGCCUUUAGUUGGUUUCCAGUCUAGCUCAAGCCUUGAAUGGUGAGACAUGUUGACAUGGUGGCAGUGUUGUUAUCUUCGUUUGCAACCAAUUUUAUCACUUCAUCUUAUGUAUACUUUGCUUCACGUGUUAAGCUAGACGGAACGUACAAAUUAGAGCCGCUCGUAUGGUCCUCAAUGUUAUGUAAUAUGAUGGUGUUUGCCACCCAUUCUA